AUGAGUCUAGAAUUCGUUCAAAUAUGCAUGCAAAUCAAAGAAACCCGGCGUGCUGGCUGGGUCCGACGAGGUAUCAAGGAUGGGGAGUCGGUCGCUGACCACACUUUUGGGGUUUUGCUACUGAUCCUACAGGCUACCAAACAGCUGCCUGCGGAAACCAGACUCAAGGCGUUGGAAAUGGCCAUCGCGCAUGACCUUCCUGAGGCCAUCAUAGGUGACUACACCUCGGCAGAUCAUGUCAGCAAAGAGCGCAAAAGGACCGAAGAAAGCCUUGCCAUGGAUUUCCUACAAUGCCUGGCUCCUUCCCCUACUACCGAAACUCUCCGAGCUCGGCUGGCGGAGUAUAAUGAACAUCAGACUCCAAUCUCGAGACUCGUUCAUCAGGCCGACAAGCUUGAGCCCUUGGUCCAAGCUCUACGAUACAGCAAGAUGUUCCCGGAGGCUCAAGACCUAGAAGAUUUCAAAGCUCAUAUCAAAUACAUCGAAGAUCCAACUUUAGCUAAUAUUGGCAAGGCAAGCCUGGAACGAUAG